CUUUUUUCGGAUGUCUUUUCGAACACAACGUUUCAUUCAUCUCUGAAUAAAAAAUGCAGUUUGUUAACGUGUGAUGUUUGGUACGGAUGAUUGUUUUGACGAAAAAGAACAAUCGUGUGUCGUGUUUUUUGCAUAAUGGCCGGUAAAAUGUGGAAUUCAGAUUUAUGGAAAACAUGGGAGAAACAAGGAAGAGGCGACUUCCUCAAGCUAAUCAAACACAAAUUUAAGGAAGGCGACACGUCAGAAUGGAAGCGAGGAUUGUACGAAUUGAUAUCUCAGGGCGUCCAAGGAACUAUGAAGAAGGACAGUGUAGUGCAGGCAUUGGCUGAAAUCACAAGUAUCGAUGGUGCAUUCCCCUCUACUAUUGUAGAUGUUUUUACUUUAAUUGACUCCGAAGCACAGAGCGACGAAAGAAAUAAUUUUUAUUACAUCGUGAAAGAAUCUGAAAAGUUUUUAACAGAAAGAAUACUAAAGGAGCGAUUAGAAAUUGAUACGCUUCAGGAUGUGGGAACUCUUAAGAAUCGUAAUUUUCAAACAAAGUUCAUCAAAGUUAAGACGAAACUUUAUUACAAGCAGCGGAAAUUUAAUCUUUUUCGAGAGGAGAGUGAAGGUUAUUCGAAACUUAUCGUAGAACUUGGUCAAGAAAGACCUGAAAGUGAAGUGGCGUCUACCCUUGAAAUUGUUAAAUCACUCAUCGGAUACUUCAAUCUCGAUCCCAAUCGUGUGUUAGAUAUUUUGCUUGAGACUUUCGAGAAGCGACCGCAGGGCGAUGCUCUUUUUAUUCCUCUAAUUCGCUCGUACAUGAGUGAUCAGGAAGUUCUCUGUGAAGUUUUAGGUUUUAAAUAUCGCUGCACGGCGAACUCAACGCCUUUUUCUCUUCAAAAAGUCACUGCUCUUAUGUUGCAACAUGAAGUUAUCAAACUUGAUGAUAUCUUGCCUUGGCUUGUGCCCGAUGACAAAUCAAUUAUUCGCGACUGUGAAGUUGCAAUGAAGCAGGCUAAAGAAUACGUGAGAAAGAUGAGUGUCAUUUCGACUAAGGACAAAGAAGACGUUCCUGAGGAAAAAGAUAAUUCACAGGACAAGUAUUCAAGUAACCAGAAAUUUGGACUUUCCGAAGCCCUUUUAGAAAUCGGAGCGUGGGAAGUCGCCCAGAACUUAUUUAACAGAUUGCCGGAUCAUUGCUUCACGGAUCAAAAACCAAUUGCGUUGGCUCUCUGUAACAUGAUUCAGGCGUUAAUUGAACCUAUAUACCGAAGAUUUUGUAUUAUAUCACCGAAAUUACCCGGACGUAAAAUUCCCCCUCUGAAGAGUCCACUUUCCCCAAAACCUAUGCAGACGCUGGAAGAUAUCCAUAAUCAAUUACUUCCGAUGCUCGGCAUUUUGGGACCGAAUCUUCAUCACGAUCCGAUUCUCAUGUACAAAAUAAUGCGUUUGUGUCAUGCAGCUAUCAAGCAGAUUCCUCUCGACUCGAACAAGCAGCCCGUCGAAAAGUCCAAUGCUAUCUAUUUUGACGUCUUAACAAUUCUCGACGUGGCUCUCUUGCCUUCUUUAUCCUUCAUGGAUUGCAAUUGCUGCGUUGCAGAGGAGAUUUGGAAUAUAUUAAAACAUUAUCCUUAUCAGAAUCGUUAUUGUCUCUACGCUCGUUGGAAAAAUGAAACUCCGGUACAGCACCCAACUUUAAUGAAGAAAAGAGCCGAUGCCCAAAAGAAGAUCAAAACCAUUAUGAAGCGAGUCAGCAAGGAGACAAUUAAACCUGUGGGAAGAUCCAUUGGUAAACUGACUCAUUCCUCGCCCGGAGUUUUGUUCGACUACGUACUGAUCCAGAUUCAACUUUAUGACAAUCUCAUUGGACCUGUCGUGGACUCGUUAAAAUAUCUAACAAGCAUCUCCUACGAUGUUCUGGGAUAUUGUUUAGUAGAAGCUCUAGCCGGUGCCGAUCGUGAUAGAUUUAAACAUGAUGGAACCAGUAUUUCCCUCUGGCUGCAGUCGCUUGCCUCCUUCUGCGGCGCUAUUUUCAAAAAAUAUAAUAUCGAAUUAACCGGUCUACUACAAUAUGUGGCCAAUCAACUGAAAGCACAAAAAAGCCUCGAUUUAUUAAUUUUAAAAGAGAUCGUGCAAAAGAUGGCAGGAAUCGAAGCUGCUGAGGAAAUGACACCUGAUCAAUUAGACGCUAUGGCUGGCGGGGAUCUUUUGAAAAACGAGGCCGGGUACUUUAGUCAAGUCCGUAAUACGAAAAAAUCGUCGCUGAGAUUGAAGGAGGCACUCGGAGAACAGGAUUUGGCAGUUGCACUUUGUCUCCUAAUGGCUCAGCAAAAACAUUGCGUUGUCUAUCGAGAAACUGACAGAUCUCACUUGAAACUCGUCGGCAAAUUGUACGAUCAGUGUCAAGACACUUUAGUUCAGUUCGGGACAUUUUUGGGCUCUACGAUGACUGUCGACGAAUACGUAGAUAAGCUGCCUUCAAUUCAUUCCAUGUUGCAGGACAAUCACAUACAUUCUGACGUCGCAUUUUUCCUGGCUCGACCCAUGUUUGCCCACGCUAUUAACAUAAAGUACGAUGCUUUGCGCAAAGCUGAUCCGAAUUACAAGAAAAUGACUGCUUCGAUGAAACAAACAAAGUGGGCCGAAGCGGCUCAAGCAGUGAUGGCACCCGUAGCGUUAUCGGUGCGACCACUUCAUCCCCUCAAAGUCUGGGAGGAUAUUUCUCCACAGUUUUUGGUCACUUUCUGGUCCCUUCAAAUGUACGACUUACACGUUCCGGCUGAGAGUUACCAACGCGAGAUCAACAAAUUAAAGAACAAUGCUGCUCAAGCUGCUGACGCCAAGGAUGUGAAUGCUGGUAAGGGAAAGAAGGAGCAAGACAAGUUUACGACCUUAAUUGAGAAGCUUCAAGACGAGAAGAAAAAGCAGGAAGAGCACGUGGAAAAAGUUUUCGCUUAUUUGAGACAAGAGAAGGACACGUGGUUCCUGUCGAGAAGCCCGAAGUCUGCAAAGAACGAGACUAUAACGCAGUUUUUACAGUUGUGUCUUUUUCCAAGAUGUACUUUUACAACUGUGGACGCAAUGUAUUGCGCGAAAUUUGUACAUACCAUUCACUCAUUGAAGACAUCGAAUUUCUCUACCCUCUUGUGUUAUGACAGAAUCUUUUGUGAUAUCACUUAUUCCGUGACGUCGUGCACUGAAAAUGAAGCGAAUCGCUAUGGUAGAUUUUUGUGCGCUAUGCUGGAAACUGUGAUGAAAUGGCAUUCCGAGAAAGCUAUUUUCGACAAGGAAUGUAGUAAUUAUCCCGGAUUCGUAACAAAGUUCCGUGUCAGUAAUCAAUUUUCCGAAGCCAACGACAUGGUAGGCUUCGAAAAUUACAGACACGUUUGUCAUAAAUGGCACUAUAAAAUCACUAAGGCUAUAGUGGUUUGCCUCGAUUCUAAGGACUAUGUACAAAUCAGAAACUCCCUGAUUAUCUUGAUCAAGAUCUUGCCUCACUUUCCGGUUCUAUCAAAGCUCUCGCAGAUUCUCGAGCGAAAAAUAGAAAAAGUUCGAGAGGAAGAACGUGGCCAUCGUCAAGACUUGCAUAUCCUGCUUACGUCUUACAGUGGGCAACUGAAAGCGAAAAGUUCCAGUAUGAUUCCAGAAAGCGACUUUCAUCACGUAGGAGACAAGGUUACUAAAGCUCAGGAACAACAACAACUCGAAAUAUCGGCGGAAAAAGUGAGCAACGGAGUUCCACAGAAGGAAGUUUCAAAUGGAGAAGUGCGGGUAGAAAAAGAGAAUAAAGAAGUUCGUGAAAAGCGCAACAUUAUACAAAUUCAUCAUGACAGUUCCGAAAAGGUUCCAAGGGAAAGUUCAAAGAAAAAGGAGGAGAACAAAGAUGUCCAAGAAGCGAAGGAAGAAAGAAAGUUGAAGAAAGAAAAGGACAAAGAAAAAGAGAAAGAAGAAACAAAAGAGGAAGAACCCAUGGAGAGAAAAGAAAGGAAGCACAAGACACAGGAAGAUUUUUACAGCGGUAGUUUAGACAAUUUAGACCGUGAUCUCUCUAGUGUGUCAACCAGCAGUGGCAGUUCUGGACCUGUGCCGGAUGUAAUCGAAAAAGUUGUAGUUUCGGAGUCCAAACGAAGGAAGACCGAAAGCUCCGUUCCUAAGGAAACAAGGCGGAUAGAAGCUCCUAUUGAAAAGAAGGAGCGAUCCAGUAAAACUAAAGUCCGGGAUGAACAGAAGGAAAUGCGAAGGGAAAAGAAAAUGGGACGAAAGAGGGAUCGUGCAGAGGAAAAUGCUGGCCCAUCUGAACAGAAAAGAAGAAAAGACGAUGAGAGGGCAAAAGGAACUCACCAAAAUGGAGAUUUGCCUGAACAUCGAGAAAAACAUCACUAUAGCAAGGAAAAAUCACCCUACGCGAAGGAAAGACACGAGCGAGAGGGACGCGAAAGCAGAGAUAAACACAGGAGAAGCUCGGACCCGAAGCGCAGAUGAUAAACAACUAUGGAAAACGUGUGACAUACCAUUUUAUAUGCUACGAUUGAAUUGUGAAUGUAAUUAAAGUAUAUUCAAAAAUAAUAAAAUAGCAGAACCAGUAUCAA